CGCGCCUCCUUCCCCGGGAUUCCGGCGGCUGGGUCGCCCUGCCCCCGGGUAGGGAGGGACGGGGGCGGGGCCAGAGGGGGCGGGGCUUGGCGGAGGAAACUGAGGCAGGAGCGAAGUCCUCCAGAUAUGCAGCCGGUUACCCCCAGAGGGGUCUCAGGAGACCAUUCCCCCAGCUCGGAUCUUCUUUGGGAGGAAGGCUCUGGGAGUACGUAAUUCUGGAUACCUGGGGAAGAGAGCCCUGAACUCCAGAGCUCCCAGGUCUGAGGGAGGAGGGCGCUGGGGGUCUGGACUGCUCGGGCUCUCAGGGAGGAGGGUGCUGGGCUCCUGGACGCCAGCACGUGAGAGAGGGAGCUGGAGAUCUAGACUCCUGAAGGAGGAGGAGGCGGGGAACCAGGACUUUCGGGUCUGAGUGAGGUGGCGGCGGGGAACAGAGACUUCUGGUCUGAGGGAGGAGGUAGCUGACUUCUGGUCCUGGUUGGAUCGGCAUCGUUGGGUCUCUUCACACCCUUCUUUCCAUUUCCCCAUCUCGGAGCCAAGGCAGGCAGCCACUCCAGGUGGCUGCCCCUUCUCUCUCCUGAGAUGUCAGGAAAGAGGGGACCACCUGUGUCCCCCACAGGGGCCCCCCAGAGCCUGGGGGCCCCCAGCACUGGAGCCUGGAGGUGGACGAGGUGCUGACAGGUGCUCAGCGAGAUGCUCCCCAGCCCCUCCUGCUCCCUCCCCAUCCUCCUCCUUUUCCUCCUCCCCAGUGUCCCAAUGGAGUCCCAUCCUCCACCCUUACCACUGCCCCCAUUUCUGGCCCCUGAAUGGGACCUCCUGUCCCCCCGAGUAGUCCUGUCCAGGGGCACCCCCGCUGGACCCCCUCUGCUAUUCCUAUUGGAGGCCGGGGCCUUUGGGGAGCCAGCAGGCAGCCCCGCCAACCGCAGUCGGCGAGGGGUGAGCGAGACAGCACCAGCAAGUCGCCGGGGAGAGCUGGCUGUGUGUGAUGCGGUCAGUGGCUGGGUGACAGACCGCCGGACAGCUGUGGACCUGCGCGGGCGUGAGGUGGAGGUGCUGGGCGAGGUUCCUGCGGCUGGAGGCAGCCCUCUCCGCCAGUACUUCUUUGAGACCCGCUGCAAGGCUGACAGCGCUGCUGAGGAAAGUGGCCCUGGUGGGGGUGGGGGAGGCUGCCGGGGUGUGGACCGGAGGCACUGGGUGUCUGAGUGUAAGGCCAAGCAGUCCUACGUGCGGGCAUUGACCGCUGAUGCCCAGGGCCGUGUAGGCUGGCGAUGGAUUCGAAUUGACACUGCCUGCGUCUGCACGCUCCUCAGCCGGACUGGUCGGGCCUGAGGGCCCUGCUCAGCAACUGGGCAGGCAGAGGAAGAAGAUAGCUGGAUGCUGAGGGACCUCAGGGGCGGCCUGACUGCUCUGGGCCUCAGUUUGGGAACUUGUGAAAUGGUCACAAAAUCACAGCUUUUCUGAGUUGGAGAGCUCAAUCCAUGCAAGACAGGUGGUGAAACCAAAUGGGGUUUUGAAGGAUGAAUAGGAGUUCUUCUGGAUGAACUUGAGGAUGAUGAUGAUGAUAUCCAAUACUUUCUGAGUGUCUGCCGUUUAUCAGUGCUAAUACACAAUUUGUCAGAUCAACUCUGGUGGAUUUAACCAUUGGAGAAACCUUGGCUUCUAAGUUGCUAACUGCUUGAUCUCGGAGGACAUCUUGCUCACCCUGGAGAGAGUGACAAGGAAGUGAUACAUCAAGAAGUGGUGGGGGAGUAUAAAAGCGGACACAUAAGCAACCAGCUGGGAGCUGGGGUUUGAAUGAGAAAUCUUACUUGGUCACAUGGGGAGAGUGUUGGCUUAGAAUGUUCUGUCUUAAGGUAGUAAGCUAGCCAUCACAGUAGGAGCACAAGCAAGGUUGAAUGAUAAGAGGUCAGGGUGCUGGAGAGUUUAACCCUGUUGGGGAGUUUCUGUCCCAGCUUUUACCUCAUCUUGGGAAAGAGACAGACCUUAGAAUCAUCCAGCUUGAGUAUGGUAUAAAAUUCGGACCAGUUGACCUGACUCCUGGCUAGGAUCAGGGGUCAUGUGGACAGUGGAAGGCUUUGAAUGGUCCAAUAAAAUCCAAA